AUGGCUGAAUAUCAAUCGAACGGGCGGUUGUUCGCUCUCUUCGCCCUCCAGUGUCUCAUCCCCACUGUCCUCCUAAUCACAACACCCAAAAGGUCAACUCUACGUUAUUUGUCUAUACCAGUUAUGAUAUGGCUCGUUUCCCAAAUGAUGUACCCUAUUCACACACCGGUAUACCCAUCGACCUUUCUCAUUGGAAACAGUGCAACCUUCAUCCUCACAGCUCUGGAACUUCUAUUGAUCAAGCCACAAGCUGGGAGCGACUUCGUCGAUGCUAAUGGAAAGCAAAAAAGCUUUUUAUCUCGACUAUUUGAAGCUUUUCAACUAAUCACAUGCUCACGCGCGAUCAACACACCUCGACAAGCGAAGAAUAUUCCGCCUUUCCAAGAAUACUACAGCAAGAGAGAUUCGAAAGUGAUCCCGCGAGGUCGCUUCUUGAUUAGAGAAAGUGCUAUUGCUGUCUGGCAGUUUCUAGCUAUAGAUACAAUUACUGUAUUGGCAUCUAGACAAGCUAUGGAGAACCAAGAGGAACAAUCUUCAACUUCAAUUUCUUCUGGCUAUAUGCCGGGGCUAGGGAGGAUAGCAGAGGCUAUUCAGAUGCUUUUUACUUGGUUAUUUCUGCUUCGGGUCCUCAUGGGCUUUUACUACCGCGUCUCUGCGAUCGUCUUUGUGAGCCUGGGGGAUCCUCCCUCGAACAGCCCGCCACUUGUUGGGAGAAUGAAAGAUAUAUAUACACUACGGAAUUUCUGGGGAAAAUUCUGGCAUCAGAUGCUACGAAUUCCUCUCACGUCGACUAGCAACUUUCUUGCGCGUGAUGUCCUCGGCCUACCCAGAUCAUCGUUCAUCGAACGAUACACCAACGUUUUCAUCGUUUUCUUUUUCUCCGGCUUAAUCCACGUAGUAGUCGACACUGUGCGAAACAUUUCACCAUGGGAAAUGGGGACUAUGUCCUUCUUCCUCUCUUUUGUUUUCGGUUAUAUGAUUGAAGACGGUGUCCUGGCUCUCUGGAAACGAACGCGAGGUUCCCAGGACAAUGCUGGCUUGCCCCCACUAUGGCAAAGGAUCCUUGGCUUUUGCUGGGUUAUGACAUGGCUGGGUGUUACGUCUCCUUGGUUUUUCAAGUCAGCGAUGCUAAAGCCGGAGGAACAGAUGGCUUUGGUUCCUUUCAGCGUUGCUGGGCUCAUUAGUCUUCCUGUGUUGAGUUCUAUAGUCAUUGGCGGUGGUAUUGUGUUGAAGUUUGUAUUCGAGGGAGAAUUUUGA